AUGAGGAAAGCGGAGGAGUCAGGAGCGACGGCGUGUCAGAUCAACUCAGACGGCACAUUGCCCGGAUCUCGCAGCGACAAGGUCCAGCUGCGAGGCAACGAGAGCAUAGAUGAUCCCAAGGAGGCCGGUCAGGAAUCAGUGGUGGUAGAGCGCAAGGGCGACCACGCGGCCAUCUGCAAAUGGACCAUCGCGCAGUUCGGCAAGGUCAAGGCGCGCGCGCUUUGGAGCAAGUAUUUCGAAGUAGGCGGGUUUGACUGCCGGCUGCUGGUAUACCCGAAAGGCGACUCGCAGGCUUUGCCGGGGUACAUAUCCAUUUAUUUGCAACUCACGGACCCGCGCGGGACGGCUAGUAGCAAGUGGGAUUGCUUCGCGAGCUACCGGCUUUGCGUGGUGAACGUGAAAGAUGACAGCAAAACGGUGCAGCGGGAUUCGUGGCACCGGUUUUCGGGGAAGAAGAAGUCGCACGGCUGGUGCGACUUCACGCCGUCGUCGGUCGUUUUGGAUUCCCGCGCGGGGUUUCUGAUGACCGACGCGGUGCUUAUAACGGCGGAGAUUCUCAUUCUUGACGAGUCCGUGUCGUUCUCGCGCGACAACGAGGUGCUCGCGUCGUCGAUUACUCCCGCUACCGGGGAGGUUGUUAGCGGGAAAUUCUCGUGGAAAGUUCACAACUUCUCGCUGUUUAAGGAGAUGAUUAAGACGCAGAAGAUCAUGAGUCCCGUGUUUCCCGCCGGGGAUUGCAACCUCCGUCUGAGCGUCUACCAGUCGUCCGUCAACAACGUCGAUUACCUCUCCAUGUGCCUCGAGAGUAAAGACGUCGAUAAGUCAUCCGGCCCGGAGCGCAGCUGUUGGUGCCUGUUCCGCAUGUCGGUGCUGAACCAACGGCCGGGAUCGAACCACGUGCACAGGGACUCGUACGGGCGAUUCGCGGCGGACAACAAGAGCGGAGAUAACACGAGCCUGGGGUGGAACGACUACAUGCGCAUGGCGGAUUUCGUAUCCGCGACCGCGGGGUAUCUCGUGGACGACACGGCGGUGUUCAGCGCGUCGUUCCACGUCAUCAAGGAAUCCAGCACGUUCUCCAAGAACCCGUCGCUGCCGGGCGGGCGUGGCAGCAACGUGAAGAAGGGCGACGGGUACUUCGGGAAGUUUGUGUGGCGGAUCGAUAACUUCACGCGGCUCAAGGACCUGCUGAAGAAGCGCAAGAUCACGGGGUUGUGCAUCAAAAGCAAGCGGUUCCAGGUCGGCGGGCGCGACUGCCGCCUCAUCGUUUACCCGCGAGGCCAGUCGCAGCCGCCGUGCCACCUGUCCAUGUUCCUGGAGGUCACGGACUCGCGCGUGCCAGCCGCCGACUGGAGCUGCUUCGUGAGCCACCGCCUCUCCGUCGUCAACCAGCGGCAGGAGGACCGGUGCGUCGCCAAGGAGUCGCAGAACCGCUACAGCAAGGCCGCCAAAGACUGGGGCUGGCGGGAGUUCGUCACGCUCACGUCCCUCUUUGACCUAGACUCGGGGUUCCUUGUAUCGGAUACGGUCGUGUUCUCCGCGGAGGUGCUUAUACUGAAGGAGUCGUCGUUUCUGUUCGAGUAUACGGACGAGGGGGCGGCGUCCCCCGCGGGGCUGGUGGGGAUAGGGGGCGCGGGGACGGCGCAGCUGAUUGCGGGGGGCGCGAUGGACGUGACGGGCGCGAAUAAGAUCGCGAAGCGCGGCGUGUUCACGUGGAAGGUGGAGAAUUUCCUGGCGUUCAAGGAGAUCAUGGAGACGAGGAAGAUCUUCAGCAAGUUCUUCUCCGCUGGCGGCUGCGACCUCCGCAUUGGCGUGUACGAGUCGUUUGACACGCUGUGCAUCUACCUGGAGAGCGAUCAGGCCAUGGCGGGCUCGGGCCCGUCCACAGCCACGACCAUGGCGGCCACAGACAUGGACAAGAACUUCUGGGUGCGCUACAAGAUCGGCAUCGUCAACCAGAAGGCCGCCGAGGCGAGCGUGUGGAAGGAGGCGAGUGUGUGCACGCGCACGUGGAACAACAGCGUGCUGCAGCUCAUGAAGGUCGCGGAGCUGCUGGACCCGGAGGGCGGGUUCCUGGUGCGGGACACGGUGGUGUUUGUGUGCGAUAUCCUCGACUGCUGCCCCUGGUUCGAGUUCUCGGACCUCGAGGGCGUGCCCGGGCAGGUGAUGAUGUCAGACGAGGAGGAAGACGAGGAGGAGGAGGACGAGGACGAGGACGAGGACGAGGAUGGGGACGGGCUUAGCACAGACGGGGAAGAGCUGCUAGACAGUGACGACGGGGAGGUGGGGUUGGGAGGACCAGGAGGCCCGGGGGGUGCAGCAGGGCUGGGGGCCAUGCCCUCCUCCUCCUCUUCCCUUGCCCCGCCCCCCUCCGCCGGUUCUGCUGCCGCUGUGGCGGCUUCUGCUGCUGCCUCUGCUGCUGCGUCUGCCGCUGCUUCUGGUGGUGGUGGCGGGGGUGGGGGGUCGUCUGGGGUGGUGACGGGAGGGGCAGCAGCGGCGGGGGCGGCGGGGGGGGUGAUGGGGGACGAGGAGGACAUUUUCCGUUCGCUGCUGGUGCGCGCGGGGUUCCAUCUCAGCUACGGGGACAGCUCCCCCUUGCUGCUGGAUCCCACGCAGCUGCAGGUGACGCUGCGGGAGAAGCUACUCAUGGAUGCGGGCGCAGUGGCCACCUUCCUGGGCGGCCUGCGCACCUACCUGGACGACCCUACUAAGAUCAAGCGCCUCUUCCUCCCCCCCGCGCAGCCCGCCUCCGCCUCCUCCGCCUCUGCUUCCGCUUCCGCCCCGGCCGGCGCGUCUGGCGCGGGGGGGAGAGGCGGGUACGGGAAGGGGGGAAGGGGCGGGCAGCAGCGGGGGCAGAACCAGGGCCGGGGGGCCCAAGAGCAAGGGGGUGCGCAGGGGCUGGCGCAGGCGGGGGCGCAGGGGCAGGGGCAAGGGCAGGGGCAGGGGGAGGGGGAGCAUCCGUCGCUGGUGAAUCUGCUGAUGGGGGUGAAGGUGCUGCAGCAGGCGAUAGUGGAUCUGCUGUUGGAUAUCAUGGUGGAGUGCUGCCAGCAGCGCGCCCCCUCCCAGGGCGACGCAGACGCUGGGCGCCUCUUCGGCACAGACGACACUGCAACCUCCCUCCCCACUCUGCCAGUCCCCCUCCCUUCCGCCACCACUCCCCCGCUCGCCCCUUCCGCCUGCACCCCUCCGCCAUCCCUCCCCGCGUCAGCCCCCCCUUCCGCCCCCGCGACCCGCGAGGGGAAGCGAGGGGGGGGCGGGGGCGCGGGGGGCGCGUCAGGGGGGCGGAGAGACCCCGCGGAUUCCUCCUUCCAGGAGCUGUCAGUGGCGCAGAGGCUAGAGCAGGGGCACGGGGGGGCGGGGGGAUCUGACGCGGCUGUUCAGAGCAGCAGCUAUGGCAGCGGUUACGGGGUUAAUGGGAGCGGGGGGGGGCGCCGGGGCGGAAGCAGCACAGGCAGUGGGGGAGGCGGGGGGGGAGGGGGGAAGGGAGCUAGCGCGGGGGCAGCAGGGGGGGUGUUGGGAUCAGGGGGGAGUGGCAGCAGCAGCAGUAGUAGUGGGGUUGUGACGGGGGGUGGGGUUGGGGAAGGGUUUGGUGCGCAGGUGGGGGGGAAGGGCGCAGGGGGGAGGGUGAAUGCUGUGGCGGAGGGGGAGAGCAGCAGUAGUGGGUCUGCAGUGACGAGUGUGAACGGAGAGAGCUCGCAGCAGCAGCAGAGGGGGCAGCGACAGCUUCCCACAUCGGUAUGUUUUGCUGACUCUUGUGUUCAUCCCACUCUGCCCCUUCUCCACUCUCCUUCUCUCCUCCCAGCCUUUUUGGCCUCUCCCUCCCUCCCCACUGAUCAGCUGCUGGUCAGAGCAGGCAUCAACCCUCUUCGUGCCCUCAACAUUGGUGUUCUCCACUCCUCCUCUUCCCCUCUCCCCCCUCCCUCUCUCCUCCCCCCCUCCCUCUCUCCUCUCCUACCAUCCUCUCUCCCCUCUCCCCUCCCUCCACAGAUCAAGUGGCCCGAGCAGGCGGACGAGCUACUGGGCAUCAUGGUCGACUCGCUCCGUGCCGUCACCAUCAAGUGGCCCGAGCAGGCAGAUGAACUCCUGGGCAUCAUAAUCAAGUGGCCCGAGCAGGCGGACGAGCUACUGGGCAUUAUAAUCAAGUGGCCCGAGCAGGCGGACGAGCUACUGGGCAUCAUAGUCGACUCGCUCCGUGCCCUCGAAACCGCCGUGCCGCAAGCGCAGGCCUACCCGUACCCAGACCCGCCGCUGCGGCGCCGCCCGCACUCCGCCCGCAAGGUGGCCAUGGUGCUGGAGCACGCGCCCCGGGCCUUCCAAGCCGAGAUCCUAGGCUUGGUGCCGAGGCUGGUGGACGUGGAGGAGCAUGGCGAGGCUGCCGCGGCGCUGCUGCAGCGACUGAGACAGCCCAAUGCUGAGCCCAUGAUGCAGCUGCCGGUAAGGGUUAUGCAUGCGCAAGUGGCCGAUUGUCCACCUCUUAUUCGCCCGUUCUCUCAGGUGGUGGGAGCGCUGGUGCAGAUGGAGCUAGAUCCGCUCACCUGGUCGCUGGCGCUCGAGGAGGCGGUGCUGCUGCUGCUGUGUGUGAUGGCAUGGCCUCUGAUACAAUACUUUCUGUGCAUUCCCUCUCGCUGUCCCUCUCAGGUGGUGGGAGCGCUGGUACAGAUGGAACUGGACCCGCUCACCUGGUCGCUGGUGCUCGAGGAGGCAGUGGUGGGAGCGCUGGUACAGAUGGAGCUAGACCCGCUCACCUGGUCGCUGGUGCUGGAGGAGGCGGUGCUGCUGCUGUGGCCUGUGCUGGCACGGCCUUUGAUACAACACUCCUUGUGCAUUCCCUCUCGCUGUUCCUCUCAGGUGGUGGGAGCGUUGGUACAGAUGGAACUGGACCCGCUCACCUGGUCGCUGGUGCUGGAGGAGGCGGUGCUGCUGCUGCCACACACCACCGACGAUGCCCUUGCUGCUGCUCUCAGCUUCGUGCUCAAGGCAGCAGCCGAGUGCCAGCAGCUCGCCCCUGCGGUAAGCUCUUUGUUCCCGUGCUAUCCUCUCACCUGGUCGCUGGUGUUGGAGGAGGCGGUGCUGCUGCUGCCACACACCACUGAUGACGCCCUUGCUGCCGCUCUCAGCUUUGUGCUGAAAGCUGCAGCCGAGUGCCAGCAACUCGCCCCCGCUGUGCGGGCAGUGCGGGAGCGGCUGCAGCAGCUGGGCCCCGCAGUCUCCCCGCGAGUGCUACACGCCCUGCGGGCUUCCGUGGUAGCCCGAGAGGACAUAGCCAUGGCCAUGCUGCGAGACAUAGACGCCGACACACGCCCCUUCAACCCGCACCUCCUCUCCUCCGCCAUGGCUGCAGCAGCCGCGUCCCUCCCCUCGCUGCUGCCAAUGGCUCAAAUGGCGUCCAUGGGCCAGAUUGAUCAGUCGCACCUGCAGCACUCGCUCACGCCGGAGGCUCUGGAGAGUCUCGCUGCGUUUGCGACGGCCUCGGCUAACAGUGGGACUGCUGCGGCGGCGGCAGCGGCAGUAGCGGCUGCAGCAGCUGGGGCGGGGAGUGCAGGGGUGAUGGCGAGCGGGAAUGGUGGUGGUGGAGGGAGCGGGGCAGGGGGAGGGGCAGGGGGUAGCGUUUCUGCUGGGGCGUCGGGAGGGGGUUCUCCUGGAGGGACUUUCACCAGCAGCGGCUCUGCUGGCUUGAGUGCAAACGCUAUGGCCGCCUUCUCCCCCUACGCCUCCUCUCCCGCCCCCGCGCUCCCCUCGUCCUCCCCCGCUGCAGCCGCGGCAGCAGCAGAGCUCCAGCUGGCAGCAGCACAGCAAGCUGCUGUCAUGGCAGCCGCAGCCGCCGCCUGCUGGCGUGUCGCUGACAUGGACAUGCUGAUGGAGAUGCUGACGCUGCCACGUCUGCGCGGGAACGCGCAGGCGGUGUUUGAGCGAGCGGUGGCAAGAGGGGCGUUUGGAGAGCAGGCCAUGGUGAUGGUGCUGGAGAGGCGCCGGUCUCAGCAUUUGGCCGCGCUCUCCCCAUCCCUAGCCACAGGUCUGGAAGACACGGAUUUCCCGACUGUGAUCGGGCUUGCAGAGGCGCUGGCGAUGAGUGAGGAGCAGCGCGUGCGGGAAUUUGUGGGCACGCUGUAUGCGGUGCUGUACAAGGUGUAUGGGGACACGGGGCGCCGGGAGCGGAUACUGCGGGGGUUGGUGGCGCGGGUUACCAGCUGCCAGCGAGGCGCGCCGGAAGGGGAGCUUGGUCUGGAUAUCCUCUCGUUCCUUGCGCAAGAGGAGGGGGUGGCGCGGCCUGUGCUGUCGCUCAUGCGCGAGGCGGCUGACGUGGCAGUGCAGGAGAGGGCGGUGGUGUGGCAGCAGCUGCAGGCGACUGAGGGCGAGCUCAGAGCCGCGAGGGCGGAGGGGCAGGGGCAGGUGGAGCGGCACGGGCGGGAGAAGGCGGGUCUGCAGCAGAAGCUGAGCGACGCAGAGGCGUCUGUUGGCAAGCUCAAGGUGGAGCGGCACGGGCGGGAGAUGGCAAGUCUGCAGCAGAAGCUGAGCGAGGCUGAGGUGUCUGUUGGCAAACUCAAGGCUGAGCUGAAGGCCGAAGCCGAGAAAGGAGCGAGGGAGAGGAGGGAAUCGGUGGAGCGAGUGAGGGAGAUGGAGGGGGCGGUGGAGUGGGCCAAGGCGGAGAAGGACGAGGCGGUGAGCAAGCUGGCGGGGGAGAAGCGCCAGCUGGCGGAGCGGCUGAGGGAGAGCGAGGCGCAGCUCACACAGCUCAAGUCGCGCAAGCGGGAGGAGCUCAAGAAAGUGGUGAAGGAGAAGAACGCUUUAGCAGAGCGCCUCAAAGCCGCCGAGCAGGCGAGGAAGCGGUUCGACGAGGAGGUGAAGCGCUUUGCCACGGAAACCGUGUCUCGCGACGAGGCUCGGCAGUCCCUGGAGGAGGAGGUUCGGCGGCUGACGCAGACGGUGGGGCAGACGGAGGGUGGUCUGCGGGAGAAGGAGGAGCAGGUGCAGCGAUACGAGGCAUACAUUGAUGGCAUGGAGGCAAAGCUGCAUGCACACCAGGAUUAUAUCCAAACCCUAGAGGCAUCCCUUCAGGAGGAGAUGUCUCGGCACGCGCCGCUGUAUGGUGCUGGCUUAGCUGUCGGCCCCUCAUUGGACCACGCGGGCGCUGCUGCAGGCUCUGCUGCGGCAUCAGCCUCACAGUCUCUCCUCGUCGCACCUGCUCUUGGUGCUGCUCUCUAUCUUCCCAACCGUCCCACACCCUCUCACGCUGGGGCCGUGCCCUCUCUGCCCAUGCCUGCUGCUGGCUUGGCAGGGCCAGGAGUUGCCGGUCCUGCUGUAGCUGGGGUUCCAGGCAUGGGGCCUGGGAUGGGUGCGGGAGUUGCUGCUGCUGCUGGAGUGGGAAUGGGCAUUCGGCCUGUUCAUCCUGCAAAUGGGCUGCCACCCCAUGCGCUGAGUCAUCCGGCCGGCGGGCUGACUCAUCAUUCUGCGGUGGCUUCUGCUGCUCCUGGUAGCAGAGUGCCUGCUGUGGCCUCGGCCAAUAGCAGUCUGCCAGCUAAAGCAAUGUCUGAGAAUGCUUCAAAAAUCGAUACCGUCUUCACUGGUUGGUCCGGAGCCUGA